AUGCCAUUGUGCUUAGAGGUGUGGGGUGGAGUAGUGAAGUGUGAGAUACCAUUAGUUGAUAUAAAAUCCUCUAAGGCAAUAAACUCUCCACCAUUGUCAGUAUACAAGACGUAUCAGAGGAGGGAACCAUGGCGACAUGAGCUCGCGGCUGCCACGUCUGAUUGGGAUAUGAAGGUUGCCAAGGUUGUGACGGCUGGGAGGCUUGCCACGGAGCUGACGGAGUACCGCGGACAAUACGAUAUUCCGGGAAAUAUUGGCACUAUGGCCUAG